ACGCUUUCACGCGACUUGACGCUGUCAGGUCGACGGCCGCUGCCUUGGAAACCGUCGAAAUCCAGUCAGAGCACGCAGCCUGGUAGCGAUUGGGGACCCAGAUUUCCUCACUUCAAAGGCUUCCGCUCUUCACCUCCUCCUCCUCCUCCUCCUCUUCAGCUCGCACCAUCCACCCCUGCAUCCAUCCUUCCACCCAUCCUUUGCCCUGCGCGCGGCGAAACAUGGACGACUGAAAUGAGUGGAGGUGUCGGAGCAGCCUUUUAAAUCCGAGCGAGCAGCAGCAGCGGAAGAAGAAGCAGCAGCGUCGGGAGGAGCCGCAGCCGGGGUAGACCGUCAUGCCGUUGGUGAAGAGGAACAUCGAGCCCAGGCACUUGUGCCGCGGGGCGCUGCCUGAUGGUGUGACCAGCGAGCUGGAGUGUGUGACUAACAGCACUCUGGCAGCCAUCAUAAAGCAGCUUGGGGGCCUCAGUCGACAUGCGGAGGACAUUUUCGGCGAGCUCUUCAAUGAAGCCAACAGCUUCUACCUGAGGAUGAGCAGCCUGCAGGAGAGAGUGGAUCAGCUCGCUGUCAAAGUCACUCAGCUGGACUCCACUGUGGAAGAAGUCUCUCUUCAGGACAUCAACAUGAGGAAGGCCUUCAAAAGCAGCACCAUCCAGGAUCAGCAGGUGGUGUCGAGGACAUCUGUCCCUAACCCAGUGGUGGAGAUGUACCAUCGCUGCGACAAACCUCCCCCUCUCAACAUCCUCAGCCCCUACAGGGAUGACAAGAAAGAUGCGCUGAAGUUCUACACAGACCCGUCGUACUUCUUCAACCUCUGGAAAGAGAAGAUGCUGCAGGCCACUGAAGACAAGCGCAAAGAAAAGAGGCGACAAAAGGGCUGUCCGGCCCACCCUGACAGGCCCCACUCCAGACAGGCCCCACCCAGGAGCCCCCUGUCCAUCUCUGAGCAACAAAGGCAGGUGGAGGAUCCCAGCAGGGAGGUGAAGAAGGUGCGAAAAGCCAGGAACCGACGUCAGGAGUGGAACGUUCUUGCCUACGACAAAGAGUUCAGACCUGAUGCGCGCCUCACCCCCUCCCCCUACCACGGCAUGUCGUCAGAGGGCUCUCUGUCACCUGACAGCAGGUCAAUGGCGUCAGACUCCUAUCCUGCCAGUCCCAACCAUCCCUCCGGCCAGGCUGUCAACGCGGGGCACGCUGACCAUCAUGCCCGGGACCACCUCAGUGCAGCAGCUCAGACUCAGUCACUGGACCGGGUUCUUCGGCCAAGUAACCAGGGUCAAGCUGGAGGGGCAGCAGGGGCUGGGAGACACGUGGCCUCCCUGGGCAGGCAACCGUCGGGACACGGAGUCCAAGCUGGCGGAGACCCCACGGUCAAUGGGCCACGGCAGCAGUCGGUUAAAGAUUACCGGGGUGGACACGGCGGGCAGCCUUCCACCAUACCAGAGUACUACAUCCCACCUGCCCCGCCACCGCCUCCCCCAACCAUCCCGUCUGCUCAGACUGCAUUCGACGCCGCUGCUAACCCACCUGCCGGUGCUGCCUCUGCUGUCCCCCCGACCUCCUCCGCUCUGUCCCGUCCCUACUCACCGUCUCCCCCUCCGCCGCCCGCCAACUACGUCCCCUCGCCCUCUCACCCUCCUUCAGGUGCCCCCCCCGCUGCUCCUCCACCCCCUCCGCCGGGCGGCCCUGCGGGUCACCUCGCUCACCCGUCUCCUCCACACGCCACAGUGGGUCAGUCCGCUGCAGACGCGGCACCUCCGGCCAGGAAGAUGUUGGGGAUGAUCCCCAUGAGCGACGCCCGCUCCGACCUGCUGGCAGCCAUACGCAGAGGUAUCCAGCUGAGGAAGGUCCAGGAGCAGAGGGAGCAGGAGGCCAAGCGGGAGCCGGUGGGUAAUGACGUGGCCACUAUCCUGUCGCGCCGCAUCGCCGUGGAGUACAGCGAGUCCGACGACGACUCUGAGCUGGACGAGAACGAGUGGUCCGACUAAAAAAAAGAAAAAAAUGUUUCGAGCAACUGGAGAGAUGAGACGACUCGGCUUGGUGGGUGGUGGCGACCGGACGUGAAGGGGAGAACCGUGGUGAUGUUUGUCUGUUUUACUAAAGAUUCACCACCAUUAACAAGAUUUCAACAUGAGCACUUGUGCAGCGACAGCUCACUAUAGUGGUUAGCUCACCCGCUAACCAUGGCACCGCCAUCCCAGAAAGAUGUGUCCAACCCACUCCUGGUGCACACCAUCAUAUCAACACUGCUGCUACUGUGUGGAAAAGUCAUCUGGCAGCUUCUCCCUCAUUUCUUGUUUGAGAGACACCAGUUGUAGCUGUGGGUGGAGCCCUGCUGAGUGAUGGUGUGUUUACAAAACACUGAUAUAGCACAAGAAGAAGUAGUGCAAUCUUUAACUUGUCUGCCAAAUGUUUUCAGAUUUUGAGAGAUAUUGAAAGGAGUUUAAAAAAAAAAGAUCAGGGAACUGAAUAUUUAUCCUGUGAGGAAACUCAUCUGUUUACAACAGUCGCACCUUUCCAUGGGGAGCUACACUUCUGAGGAACCCGCUGGUCAUUACAACCGCUGCAAGUCAAAGGUCAUUCACCAUAUCUACACAUGUGCAUCAAUUGUCUAAGAAGCACCAUGUUUUUUAUGUUUGUUUUUCAAAAUUCAGCAGUGAAUAUCUGUUUUAUUUCACUGGUUGGUGAUCAAACGUCCAAGGCCUACAAACUGUGUUAAGUCUAUGACUUGUAGAGGACCUAACCCAGACCAUCAUACGUGUACAAUGUGACUUUUAAGUUUCCCCUUGCAAAUUCUGGAAGAGGUGCAAGUGACCGAAUGUUGACCGUCAGACAGACUGCUCUCUGUCAGAUGUUGUAAUGACCACAAGGGCAGACAAAGUGGCUGUAGUUGUGACCCUCAUAUGUACUUGUUCAUGUGUAUCGUUCUCCAGCUUUCAAGGGAAAGGGGGGAGUUUUUGGUGAAACUGUGACGCCACCCACUGAGAUUUGAGAGCCAGCAGUGCUGCGGCAAGUUCCCGCUUCUUCUGCCAUUCUGUUUUCUUAACGCUAACAUUUCAGCCAGUGACUGUGCUGUGAUAUUUGGUCUUAUAUAAACGCUUCGCCACAACUUGGACGCACUCACACAGCUAGUCUACCCGGCUCCGGGUCAAAGGUCACUCGCUCUCAUUGACCCCGGAUCAGCCCUGCUGUCUGAGUGAGCCCCGGGACGCUGCAUACAUACGUGCAACAGUAAUAUUAACUAUACUCUCUCUCUCUCCUUUGGUUUAGGUUCGGCUCGGUCGGCUGUAGUGUUUUAUAAUGUGGUUUCUUUUCUUGAAAAUGUGCUGCAGUGCGUUGUUCGCUUUUUUUAUUUUAGGGUUUUCUACUUUAAAGUCAGGACUGAGACACAGAACCAGAGGGAAUCAACCCAAAUCUAGUUGUUCAACUUGAAUAGCAUUUAAAGAUCAGCCUUUAAUAACAGUUGUGCAGGGAACCAAGUUCCAGAUUUUGUUUUUUUACUUCAGAAAGGUUUUUAGCAAAUCCAGCAGUGAGAUUUCGACAUAUCUUUGUGUUGGCUCGGCCGUGAGAUCAUCUUCGUAUAAGGCUUUUUUUUAACCAGGGAAAUAAUGUCAAACUGAUUUGAAAAAAAUAUAUAUAUAUCAGUGAAAAAAGAAGCCAAUCGGCUCGUGCACUGUGGACAACGCUCACACAUUAUUAUUGUUUGGAAGGACUGAGGGGGACACAUCAUGCAAAGCCUCCUGAGGGUGGCAGUAGAGAUCAUUUGACACUAUCAGCAGAUGGUAAACACAAGUGGCACAAAUCAAAUGGUUCCAUUGAUACAGUAUUUCUGCCCGACUGAUGCAACCCAUGUUGGUCCUUCUGACUCAACAGCUUCAAGUCUGUGAUUUAUAAACUGUACUCUCCACAGUGCACUGCAGCGCUUCAUACUGUAGUCAUCAGCAUAAAAAAAGACUUGAUGUCAACCUUUGAAAAGUAUCCCCCAGAUAAUAUCCGAUUUUAACUUUUCAUUUGGUGUCUGAUGAUCAGAGGGAAUGACACUUUACAUUUUGGUUAGGUUUGUAAAUAACGUCUGAGACACAGCCUUCUCGUGUGGAGUGAGAUUUGGGGCAAACACAUUUGAAAUUUGUGACAGCUUCAGUGUCGAAUUCUUCAAGCAUACGAAGAGCAAACCUCCGAUCCCUUUGUUUCUCUCUUUUGAUUUUAAAAGCCGUGGCUACAUUGAAGCAUCAGAGUCUACGAAUGUAACGUUUGACUGUAAACACUUGAAUUAUGUCAGAUUUGCCAAAAUACCUGCAACAACAACACAAAAAAAACUUUUCUACGAUCAACAUUGAAGAAUGCCUCCCUCUGAAACAAAGAUUUAGCUCAUCAUGGUGUAGCUAUGGCAACCAGCUUGUAUCGAUACUUUAUUAUGUGAUUCAAUCGUGAGACAUGUUGUAUAGAUCGUUGGUCAAGCAGCUUGUAAAGUCAAUCAUUUGGGGUGAAACAAAAGAAAACUGUGUGUUGCACACUGAAACCAACUGUAAGCAAGUAUGCAUGUAACUAUAGACAAUAAAUGGUGAACUUGGUGUCCACGUAACCGUG